AUGUCCGACGUUCCUCUUCCUGAAUGUCUUCCAAAGCCAGAAGAACCGACAGCCCCAGCACCACAACAGACUAAGACUCAAACUCUUACAUUUUUCAAGCUUGACUUUUUACAAUUUGAACUUUGUUCGCGUAGAUGUGAAUUCUGA